UUUGCUUCGUUUUUACCUCUUUUUCCAGUUUUAGGGUAACUUUUUGUGCUUGAUAAUCUGGCUUUAAUUUGAAAUCUUUGAAGGUGUUAAACCCCAUAUGGUUUUGUUUCAUUGAUUAUCUGUUCUGGGUUGUUUUGUGUUUUGCUUGGUGGGUUCAGAUUCAUUUGGGUUUAUAUUUGAUUUCGAGUUGAUUAAUUUUUUAUUAGUUGCAGAUCAUAUUGACUGCAGAAGUUUGAAUCUUUGUGGGUUUUUUAUAAUGGUAGUUUUUGGGUACCUUGACAUUUACCUAAUAAAUAAGUUCAUGACAUUGGUCAUUUGACAAUUUUAUCUUUAGUUUAGGAGAAUGGGGUUGGUUCAAUGAGAUGAGCCAAAUUUAAGAAUCUGAUUUUUUUUUUUUUCUUUCUUAAUAUGUGUGAGUAUGCGUUGGUGAUAAGAACCGAGAGAAUGAACGAGAUGGUUUGCAGUGGAAUCAACCCCAUGGUUGGGGACGGAAGGGAUGCAAAAUGUUGGAUCUGUUAUGAAUUGGAUAGUUGAGCAGCCCAGUGAGGUUUUGUUGCAAUGGAUGCCACAACUCUGAAUUCAGAACGCCGUCCAUUUUCAAUUAAACUAUGGCCUCCUAGCCAAAAUACAAGGAAAGUGCUUGCGGAGCGGAUGAUAAACAAUCUUAGCUCUAAAUCCCUUUUCACUGAGAAGUAUGGCUGUCUGAGUAAGGAAGAGGCUGAGGAAAAUGCAAAACGAAUUGAGGAUGUCGCUUUUGCUACUGCAGAUCAAAACUAUGAAAAUGAACCAGAUGGGGAUGGAAGUUCUGCAGUGCAGCUUUAUGCCCGGGAAUGCAGUAAGCUCCUGCUGGAAGUUCUUAAAAAGGGACCUAGAAGCAAGGAGGACGGCGAAGUGACAUCUGGUACCACACCCACUGAGACUUUGUUUGAUAUAUCGAAAGGCCAACGGGCUUUCAUUGAGGCUGAGGAAGCUGAGGAGCUUUUGAAGCCACUGAAGGAGCCAGGGAACACUUACACCAAAAUAUGCUUCAGCAACAGAAGCUUUGGUCUUGGAGCAGCCCGUGUUGCUGAGCCCAUAUUGGUUUCUCUUAAGAACCAGUUGAAAGAAGUUGACCUCUCAGAUUUUAUAGCAGGAAGACCGGAGGCAGAAGCUCUUGAAGUCAUGAAUAUAUUUGCAGCUGCCUUAGAAGGUAGUAUCUUGAAGUAUCUGAAUCUCUCCAACAAUGCCUUGGGGGAGAAAGGUGUUCGGGCUUUUGGGGCACUCCUGAAAUCACAAAGUUACUUGGAGGAACUCUAUUUGAUGAAUGAUGGCAUUUCAGAAGAAGCUGCUCGAGCAGUUUGUGAGUUGAUUCCUUCCACAGAGAAGCUUAGAGUCCUCCAUUUUCAUAAUAAUAUGACAGGAGAUGAAGGAGCAAUUGCUACUGCUGAGGUUGUCAAGCGUUCUCCCCUUUUGGAGAAUUUCCGUUGCUCCUCCACGAGGGUAGGCUCCGAGGGAGGAGUUGCCUUAUCUGAAGCACUUGGGACUUGUACCCAUUUGGAAAAGCUGGACUUGCGGGACAACAUGUUUGGUGUAGAAGGUGGAGUCGCAUUGAGUAAAGCUCUUUCCAAGCAUAACAAUUUGACAGAGAUUUACCUUAGUUACUUGAACCUAGAAGACGAGGGCGCAGUUGCAAUUGCCAAUGUUCUCAAGGAAUCAGCCCCUGCACUCGAAGUCUUUGACAUUGCUGGAAAUGACAUAACAGCUAAAGCUGCUCCUGCCAUAGCAGCUUGUAUAACAGCUAAACCACAUCUGGCCAAGCUGAAUUUGGGUGAGAAUAGCCUUAAGGAUGAAGGCACUAUUCAGAUCAGCAAGGUGUUGGAAGGCCAUGCUGAGUUGCAGGAAGUUGAUUUCAACACCAACCAAAUCAGAAGAGCAGGGGCUCGUGCGUUGGCACAUGCUGUGGUUCAGAAGCCCAGUUUUAAGCUGCUCAACAUCAAUGCAAAUUUCAUUUCUGAUGAAGGAAUUGACGAGCUGAAGGAUGCAUUCAGGAAAUCUCCCGACACGCUUGGAUCUUUGGACGAGAAUGACCCUGAAGGAGAAGAUGAUGAUGACGAAGAUGAAGAUGACGACAAAGAAUCUGGAGAGGGCAAAGGCAAUGAGGAUGAAUUGGAAUCCAAACUGAAAAACCUUGAAGUUGGCCAAGAGGAAUAGAGGUCCUCUCUCGUAUGUCUAGGUGUUUUUCUCCUUCCUGAUUAGGUUUCACAGAGUUAAUACCCUCUUUAACAUCAAUUACUGGUGAGGGUAUUUGCAGCUUUUAGGAAGACUAUUGAAUCUUACUAUGCAUCAGUUGGCACCAGCCGUUUCUUAAAGCUGUGUGAUGACGGGUGUUCGUAGAAUUGGGUUUAAUUGUUUCUUUUAUUGUCAUGUUAGUCGGUUUAUCUUUCUUUGUUUCAAACCUUAGGAGUGCAGUAAGCAUCACCCCUGUUGUUGUGAUAGAUGUGGCUUUAGUAGAUUUCGGAUGUUUGCUAUAUAUGACUAUGAGGGUUAUUCUGGAUAUUAUUUUAUGAAAUGCAGCAAAAGCAUUGCUGCUGGUGUUAGAAUAGAAUAUGUCGUUCCAGUUU